AUGGCCACCCAAACCAUCGGAAAAUUCGCCACGGCUCCGGCCGUAGACUCCUCGGCCGCUGUUAACACACAUGACUUGAAGACGGACGUUGCUGAUCAGGGUUCUCUCACGCUCGUGGCCAACGACUCAUCUAAACCAGAAUCUGACACCGAGAGCAAUGAUAUUGGUGAUGGGAUAUUCAGACAACACAUUGAGAAACAUGGCAAAAAAGUUCUUGUUCUCUGGAGUAAGGAUGAAGAGGCCCGAGUAGUCCGCAAGGCUGACUUUCUCUUCCUCCCACUGUUUUCGUUGAUGUUCACCUGGAUGGCCAUUGACCGUACGAAUGUCUCUGGCGUCUUGACUUCCACUUUUCUACACGAUACGAAAAUGACGAGAGAUGAAGCAAACACUGGCGUCUCACUGCUCUGGCUUGGCAUUGUUCUGUUGGAGAUACCUUCGAACGUCAUCCUGCAUCGCGUAGGAGCUCAUUACUGGAUUCCGGCACAGGUCGUGGUGUGGGGUCUCAUUGAGGUGCUCCAGGCCUUUGUCAAGAAUGCUGGUGGCUGGUAUGCAGCACGACUGUUUCUUGGCCUGGCCGUCGGCAUCUUGGCCUUUGCAUUUGUGCCGAAGUCGCCGCAUCACACAAAUCGUCUGUUUGGAGGUCUGUUGCCUAGCCAUGGCUGGCUAUCUGAGCGAGAAGCAGACGUCUUCGUGGCGAGGAUCAUCCGGCGUGACCCAAAUAAGGGCCAAGACGCAACGCUCAAGAUCUCAUUCAAGGAUAUCAACGAUGUCCUACUCACCUGGCAUAUUUGGCCAUACCUGAUAGUAUGCCUGAGCGGACUACAGUCUGUGAACGGCCUAUCGACCUGGGGCGCAACGAUUAUUCAAUCCCUGGGUUUCAAUAGGACGCGAGCGAACCUCCUCAAUGCGCCUGGCCCAAUACUUGGCUCUCUGACCGGUUUUGUCUUAUCUUCUUUUGUGGACCGAUACAAGCGUUUUGGGUACGCCAUCAUCUUUGCCGCGGUUUGGACUUUGGCUGGUCUAAUCGCACUCUACCAUUUGCCAGUGACUGCGAAGGCUUCGUGGUCAUUUUAUGCUGCCUAUGUUGUCACACAAGCCGCUCCUACAUGGCAGCCACUCAAUGUGUCAUGGCUAGCUCUCAACUUCAAGACUCCCCAGAAGAGAGCUAUCGCUUAUGCCGUUUACAUCGGAUGCUCCAACCUUGGCGGAACCUACGGCAACCAGGUGUUCCGAGGGAGCGAUGCACCCCUCUACCGCAAAGCCUGGGCAACAUGCAUAGCUUUAGGAGCCGUUUGGCUCGCUGUUCUGGUCCUGCAAACGAUGACGUUCAAAUGGUUCAACCAGCGUGCUCGCAAUUCGCAUGUGCGGCCCCAAGCCGAUCCGGUUAUCUUGUUUAGCGAUGAAAAGGGGCGAGGCUACCGAUAUUACUGGUGA